UGCGGUGUCGCGGGUGACAUGUGGUUUAGGAUGAGCCGCCGCGUGUGAGUGUAAGGACGUGACGGCUCCGCGUGUUUACCACACGGGUCUGCAGACGCACGCGGGAGCCGCAGCGUGUACCUGCAGGCUGUGUGAGCGUGUGUGAGCGGCUCGGAGGCAGAUCCUCCACAGAACACGCCCUGGUAGAAAAGGUAGACACACACACUCACGGCGAGAGAGAGACACACAAACACACACACAUUCACACAGAGCCUGAUCACCGAGGAGCCGAGCUGCCUUACCUGUACACAACAGCCCCAAUGCUCCCCUGCAGGCUGCCACCUCCAGCGGACUGUCACCAGAUGAGAGCAGGGCGCGUUUACUUCCACACACUCUGGACUUAUCGUAUAUUUACGCGCGGGGCUCGGAACACCUGGAGAGCCUGCGGGACUCGGCAGGAGGAGUAAAGCUGGGUGUUGUUGCAGCAGCGGAGCGUUCAUCCACCGGCAGGGCUGAGUACCAUGAACAGGAAUACGCGGCGCUGGAUUUUCCAUUUUUUCCUGUGUCUCGGGAUAGUGUAUCUGAAAAUCGGAAUCCCACGCACCUGGCCGCCCUGCAUCCACUCACACGUGGUGUUCACAGAAAGAGCCGCAGAAGGGAAACGCCACAUUUCUAACCUGUCACCUUCAUCGCAGGGGGCUGUCGUCGGUGGUGGCGCUGGGAGCGAGCAUCAUCUGUAACAAGAUCCCCGGCUUGGCCCCGCGUCAGAGGACUAUCUGUCAGAGCCGACCCGAUGCGAUCAUAGUGAUCGGGGAAGGAGUUCAGAUGGGAAUCAAUGAGUGUCAGUUUCAGUUCAGGCACGGCCGCUGGAACUGCUCGGCCCUGGGGGAGAGGACCGUGUUCGGGAAAGAACUCAGAGUGGGCAGUAAGGAGGCUGCUUUCACCUACGCUAUCAUAGCCGCAGGGGUCGCCCAUGCAGUCACAGCAGCCUGCACCCAGGGGAGCCUGAGUGGCUGCGGUUGUGACAAGGAGAAACAGGGUUUCUACAACCAGCAGGAGGGCUGGAAGUGGGGUGGCUGCUCUGCGGACAUCCACUAUGGACUGAGUUUCUCCAAGGUGUUUGUGGAUGCACGGGAGAUCAAGCAGAGCGCCAGGACACUCAUGAAUUUACACAACAAUGAAGUGGGACGCAAGGUCCUGGAGAAGAGCAUGCACCUAGAGUGCAAGUGUCAUGGGGUUUCUGGAUCCUGCACCACGAAGACAUGUUGGACGACACUCCCCAAAUUCCGUCAGCUGGGAUACAUGCUCAAAGACAAGUACAACCAUGCUGUUCACGUGGAGCCUGUGCGCGCCAGGCGGAACAAGCGCCCCGCCUUCCUGAAGAUCAAGAAACCACACUCCUACCGCAAGCCCAAGGACAUGGAGCUAGUCUACAUAGAGAGGUCUCCCAACUACUGCGAGGCUGACCCUCUGACCGGAAGCAUGGGGACGCAGGGCCGUCUGUGUAACAAAACAGCUCAGCAGCCCAACAGCUGUGACCUGAUGUGCUGUGGUCGGGGAUACAACACACAUCAGUACUCGCGUGUUUGGCAGUGCAACUGCAAGUUCCUGUGGUGCUGCUAUGUCAAGUGCAACACGUGCAGUGAGAGGACAGAAGUGUAUACCUGUAAAUAGAUGUAUUUAAUGGACAUUCUUUUAGUGUGUGUUGUUCGUGGGUUUCAGUAUCUGUGGAGAGACUGCCUUGCUGCCCUUGUGUUACAGCAAUUACAGCUUUUUCAUUCAACUUUGUUUAUUAUAAUGAUGCCAAUGGACAUCUGCCACGACACUGGACUCGAGCUAUCAGCUUCAGAAAUGUUCUUUUUGUGUUUUAAAUUGAUUGACAUUUUGUGCUGCAUGCUUAAUGUUUUCACAGGCCGUACUGGUCUACUGGCAUGACUCACCUUAAACAGUAGGCCUAACAGGUUUUUAUUUUAUUUUUUUUUCUUUUGUUAAUCGACUAAUAAUUUAUUUGAUGAGAAAACUACUGAUCAUUUUGAAGAUUCACUGCAACUAAAUCUAGUAAAGGUUUGGUGGUGUAGAUUACGGUUUUUAGAAAAGAAAAAAGAAAACGGGCACUUAAAGUUUUUCUUUGUUACUUUUUUUUGAAGACUUAAACACUGGAUAUAAAAACUCAAACAGUCUGAACUAACCAAUAGUGAAUAUUUGGGACACUACAGCAGAACAUUAAACUACUGAUUGUGGGUCAAGUAUGAUAGUAUUGUUUUCUACUUGUUUCUGUCCCAUUUCCUCUUCACUUUGCUGCUAGUUGUCUGGAAAGAUGUGGUCGAGCAGCCACAUUUUUAGUUAACCCCAGGAGCAAAUCCAAGCUUCCAGAUCUAAAUCCCCAAUGUUGCUGGUUAAUAGAAAAUAUUUUGUAAGAGUUUAUUUUUAUAUAAAUAUUUCUUUAUUUAUUUCCCAUCUUUGUUUAAGAUGUGUUUUCCCUUUACGUUAGUAAUUGUGUGUGUUACUGAUUUCAGGAAAUGACCCACUACAAUUUAAAUAUAAGUCCUGCACACUUGCUAACACGUUUAUUAAGUUACAACAUUUUGGUCCGACUGACCUUCAAGAGGUACAUUAUAUAUCUGUAUAUUCACACACACACACGUGUGUGUAUUCAUAUCCUUGUGGGGACAUCUCAUUGACAUAAUGCUUUCCCUAGCCGCUUACCCUAACUAUCAAAAAUAAAUGCCUAACCCUAACCUUUAUCCUAAACUUAACCAUAACCUCACUGUAACCCUGACACUAAAACCACAUUUUGAGUCUCAAAAAUGCCUUCAAACCUCUGGGGACGGGCAAUUGGUCCGCAUAAGGGCUGUUGGUCCCCACAAGUAUAGUAAACUUCCAAUUUGUGGUUCCCACAAAGACAUCUAAACAGGUACACACACACACACACACACACACUGCUGUGAAAAAGUAUUUGUCCACUUUCAGAGUUUGUUUCGGAUCAGUAAACAAAUUUUAAUCUUAGACAAAGAAAAAUUAUGAUUUGAUUUAUUAAGGGUAAAAAAAUUAUCUGACCCUGUGUGAAAAAAGUCAGUGUUAAUGAUUCAACAAUAAGAAAGAGACUGGGCAAGGCACGUCUCAGAUUUGCCAAAAAUGCCCUGAUGAUCUCCAAGACUUGGGUUAGGGUAGGGAAAAUAUCCUGUGGAAUAUUACUCUGUUUGAGCUCUGUUACAUUUUGUGUAAAAAAAGAAAUGUAGCAUCAUCCCAGCAGACAGACAGGGUGGUAGUAGUGUGAUGGCCUGGAACUGUGAAUUCUGCUCUCUACCAGAAAAUCCUGAAGGAUAAUAUCCGGCCAUCAGUUCAUGCCCUGAAGUGCCAGCACAUUUGAGUUAUGAAGCAGGACAAUGACAAAGAGUGGGCCAAAAUUCCUCCCCAGUAAUGCAAAAGACUCACUGGCGGUUAUCGCAAAUGCUUGAUUGCAGUUCUUACAGCCAAGGGUGGCACAACCAGUUAUUAGGUUUAGGGGGCAAUUACCUUGACACACAAGGCAAGGUAGGUUUAGAUAACCUUUUCUUUCCCUCAGUAAAUUAAAACAUAAUUUAAAAACUGUAUUUAUUUAUUUCCUUGAGUCAUCUUUGUCUAAUAUUGUUUAAUGUAUGAAACAUGAAUGUGACAAAUAUGCAGAAAACUAAGAAGUCAAGAAAGAGGCAAAUACUUUUUUCACCCCACUGCAUAUAAUAAUCACUUAAUGGUUGACACUUCCCAUGCGUAUAUGCCAUUAUUCAGAUAAAAAACCAUUAGUCUGACAUUUUUUAAAGCUAAUCAUAACACAUAUACAACUACUCUCCUCUACAGAAACAACCACACAGAUGGAAAUUAUACAAUGGCUAAUCGUUGUUGAAUGAGUUAUCUUUAAAUUGUUGUGGCAUUUUUCCCUCGAUGCACCUGUUAACCAUUCAAAUGUACAGAGGUUUUUUGAACUAUGAAAUCAUUCACUGAAACACUGUAUUAAAGAUGUGCCUUUACCCUUGUUAGCACAAUAUAAUUCUUUUACACUGAAAUGUGUGUUCAGGAAAAUGCUAAUAUUAUCUUCAG